AUGCAUAAACAUCAUCUGCACCUAAGCCCCUGCCCUAUGCGGACGGGGGCAUCGCUCUGUCCGUCAUGCACGCGCCCUCGCGCGUAUGACCCACACCCGCAUCCGGAGACACUGCACGUCCGUGAGAAUGAGACAGAGGAGGAGCGGCGGAUUCGUCUGGAGAUGGAGGCGCUGGCGGCGGACGAGGCGGAGCGGAGAGCGCAGGAAGCAGCUCGCGUGGCGCUGCGUGAGCGGCAGCUCCGCGAGCAGCGUUACGCGCACCUGAACGGCAUCAAGAUCCACAACCAGUGGCGCAAGAUCAUGCGGAUGGCCAAGGUGGAGGAGCUGCGGAGGGAGAUCGAGAUCUUGAGUCAGAACCACGAGCGGGAGGUGGACCGGAAGGAUGCCAUCAUGCAGAUGUUGGAUCGCGACCUCGAGGAGGCCGAGGAGCAGUACAGCCUCGCAGUGCGGUCACACAUGCUGGUGGUGGACAACUUGCUGGACCUGCAGUACCAACGCAUGCGGGCACUGGAGGCAGAGUUCGCCGCCGAUCUUCGUUAUUUGGAGGACGAGUUUGAGACGGAGCGUACGGAGAUUGUCAACGCGCAUACCCGGCAACGCAAGGACAUGGGCGACAUGAUCGCGGCCAUGGAGGGCGAGUUCGCGGACGCGGAGGCGGAGCUGCGGCAGGAGUACGAGGCCCAGCGGGAGGAGAUUAAGAACCGCAACAGCGAGGAGUACAACGUGCUCAAGAUCCAGUUGGAGGGGAUCAUUGAGGAGCUGGAGAAGAGCUUUGAGCUGGCCCACCGCGCAUACCUGGAGAGUACGGAACACCGAACAAACACAUUCCGUACACUCACGAAGGAUGACGCCAAAGCGGCACUCAAGAUCGAGCGACAGAUGCGGAAGUUGGUUCGCCUGCAGGAGGCUCUGCAGCACUGGCGAACCAAGAUCGCCACUAAUGCCCGCGAGUGGGAGGAACGCAACCGGGCGCUUCGCAAUGAGAAGGAGAUCAUGGCGCGACACUACGCCAAGCUCAAGUCGAGCAUGGACGCGUUCAGGUCUGGCCAGGCAGAGCGCCUGAAGCAGCUGUCCCUGGCCUCGUCUGCCUCCAUGGAUUCACUCCGCGGCAAACUCGCGCUGGCGGAGAAUAUAUUCAAACUGGCGGAGCUGGCCAGGAAGUACGAGACGGAGCAAGAGAAGGUGUUGCCGUUCUGGUCGCCCACGGAGGCGGUACAGGGCCCUGCCGCCGCCGCGACGGAGGCCGAGGCAACGGCGACGGCGACGGGGGUUGAUGCCGCCGCCGCUGCUGCGUCGGGCGGCGGCGCCGCGGCAGCGACGGAGGCGGCGGAGCUCGGCGACGAGCCGUCGGCUGCGCAGCUGGGCGAGCUAGGCCUGCGGCCGCCGCCGCUGCCGGAGGACGCAGCCGGUGCCGCUAGCGGUAGCGGCAAAGCCACUGCCGGCGCCAGCGGCCGUGGUGCCGGUGCACCGCCCUCCUCCGCCGCGUCCACCGCCAACAAGCCGCGUUUCAGCAGCUUUGGGUUGGAUCCAACUUCAGGCAAGGAGGUGGAGGAGUGGGACUACCUUAACCGCUUUUUCAAGCGCUACAAUAAGGCCCUCCUGGACAAGGCCGCCAUCGACAAGGAGAAGGCCCGCCUGGAGCGGGAGAACGCCGACCUUCGUUCCAUUCUGAAACAGUACCUCGACGGCAUCUCGGUCAACGAUGACGUGCUUAAUAACCCGGUCAACCCUUUGCUGGUCGUCAACAACCGCCUUCAGAUAACGCUCACGGAGCGCAACAAGGCACGGGCCGCCGCCCUGGCGCAGCGUGCAGCUGGCGCCGCCGCCGCUGGCGCCGGGCCGGGCAGCAUGUCGGCUGUGGGGCUGGGGGCCGCCGUCACGGCCAGCCUCAAGCAGGCUCAACAACAACAGCAACAGCAAGGUGUUGCGCAGCAGAAGCAGCUUGUGGAGGUCAAGGCCGUCUCGCGGAUGUCAACACACGCACCGCCAGGCAGCACAGGUCCGCCUGCCUCCAACUGGCUGAUGCGGAAACUUCCAACCAAGCUUGUGCCGUACGCGCAGCUGAUGCGACUUGACAAACCCAUUGGCACCUGGCUGCUGGCGUUGCCGUGUUUCUGGUCUAUUGGGUUGGCCACACCCCCGGGUCACCUGCCCGACCCCCUCAUCCUGACACUCUUCGGAACGGGGGCAGUGCUCCUCAGAGGCGCCGGUUGCACCGUCAACGACCUCUGGGACAGGGACCUUGACAAACGGGUGGAUCGAACCAAGGGUCGCCCGCUGGCCGCGGGAACUCUGACUCCAAGGGAUGCCAUAGGGCUGUUGGCGCUACAGCUGUCCCUCGGAUUAGUGAUAUUGCUGCAGCUCAAUGACUUCAGCAAGGUCCUGGGAGCUUCCUCUCUGUUGCUGGUGGGGACGUACCCCCUGAUGAAGAGGAUCACGUACUGG